AUGGACGAAAAAGAACUCGACCAAAUUUCUCGAGAUCCAAGGUUUGCGGGAAGAUUAAAAAAGAAAACGAAACAGGAAAAAGAAGCAUUUAAAAGUUUAUUUGAAGGAAUUGAAGAUGAGGAAACAUAUAAGGACAAGAGGGGGCGUCCUUGGUCAAAGCGCCCCUUAAAAUAUGCGAAACAGUUAGUUCAUAAAGAGGAGGAAAGUGACGAAGAAGAGGAGUCUUCAUCAACGGAGGAAGCGUCUUUAAGCAGUGACAUUUCUUCGUCAGCAGGGGAAGACGUUGAGGAAAAUCUAGUUGAUUUACAAGACGCGGAUUGGUACGCCUUGGUUAAGGACGUUAAAGAAGUCGAGGAGUCAACACGUCGCCUUGCAGUUCUUCACUUCGAUUGGGAUAAUUCUAACGCAGAGACUAUAUUCUUGGCUCUGGAGUCAUUCCUCCCUCCUGGUGCCUGCCUUGAGAAAGUAACUAUUUACCCUUCGGAUUACGGUAUGCGAAAGAUGGCAGAGGAGGAACAACACGGUCCUCGCGCAAUCUGGGAAAAAGGCAGUAGCUCGUCCGAUGAGGAUUUUGCAAAGCACGAAGAAGGAAAUCAUCUCGCCGCCGAUGUUGAAGGUGACGAAAAAAAGGCCUGGAAGGCAACGUCAGUGCAGCUCAGGCGUCGCCUUCGGAAGUAUCAGCUGCAACGACUGAAAUACUUUUACGCGAUUGCUGAGUUUGACUCAAAGGAGACAGCAUCAACUGUCUAUGAGGCCUGUGACGGUGUGGAGUAUGCUAGCACUGGGAUUAGAUUUGAUCUCAGAUUUGUCAAUGAUGACGAAACAUUUUCUGUACCCAGCGAAUGGUCUCACCUAGUAAGUGAGUGCUCCGAGGUAAAUCGGGCAAAGUACAAGCCGCACGCCUUUGAGAACUCUGCCCUUCACUCGACUAGAAUCACCCUUGGCUGGGAUCGCACUCCAGCCGCACGAACUCUGUGGCUCCGCGAACAGUUUGAAGCCGACGCGGAUCCUCGUAAAUUACUGACCGAGGGAAAGCUGAAAGAGUACCUAGCUCUGUCGUCGAGCGGUCAGAGCACGGCUGCUCCCUCCGACGUGGACGAGCCGGGCCCUGCGCCAACCGUUCCGCGAAUCAGACGCCACCGACCGCCAAAAGUGCCUCCUGACCAGCUGAGAGCGGCCCUUCUUUCAGCCAUCUCAGAAGAUGGUGGUGGUAAAAACGAAGGCGAUGGAAACGAUGAGGAACAAGGUGACGAAGACGAGGAAUCGGAAGACGAAGAAGUAGAGGACCUGAAUGCGGAUGGUGUCUCCUCUGCAUCUGAAGACGAGCAGUACGACCUCACGGCGGAAAACGAGGAAGGUGGGAGUGCGCGGAGGGGCCCUUCUGCACUCCUUCUUGGUCGUGGCGGGCGCAAAGCAGUGCUCAAGCGCCGGCUUCCCGAGGCCGAGGACUCCGACUCGAGUCUCGACUUCGACGACAUGGAGGAUCGUGUCUCCGACGCCAGUGGCAGUGAUGAUGGCGGAAGGAAAAAGAAUAGUAGUCGUCGACGACGGGAGGACGCAAACGACGCCGAUGCCAAUGACACCUCGAAGAGGCUGGCAAAGAAAAAAACUAAAUUGGCCCUGAGGAAGAAAAUACAGAUGAAAAAGAAGAAACAGGAGCGCAACCAGGAGAGAUUGAAGGACGUGUGGACAGGCGCUAACGAGGCGGAUUCGCGGUUCGACGCCUUUCUGACGGAUCCGGCGUUCGGCGUGAACCAGAUGCACCGGAGCUACCGGGAGGCGACGGAGUUCCUCAACUUCAUGCGGCGGCGUCGUGCACCGCUGAGGAAAGUCGAGUAG